GUUCAAAAAAUAUUGAAUCAGAUGACUCAGAUGCAGAAUUUAUAAUUCCUGAGCGAUCUAUAUCUUUAUUUGUGGAAAACCAAAAUCAUCCUGAGGUCUUAACUGCUGAAAUUUCCACAGCAGCUAAACAAUCAGAUGAUUCAAAGGAAUUGAACAGAACAUUACUCAACACUUUCCAUCCACAACCUGAGGUUCUUAUAUCCCAGGAACAGUUAACUUCAACUGAUUUAUCUAAUUCAACAUUCCCUACUUCUCAUGGUAUAGAGACUUCUGUUAUAUGUGAUGCAAACAAAUCUCACGUUGUUAUUGAAAACUCAUUGCUUACAACAAGCUCCCUAAGUAUCACACCAAAUAAAGAAAUCCAGGAGCAAAACCAACUUCAAAAGCCUCAGAUUGUUACAACAGCAGAGGACUGGGAAGAUGUUCAAACAGUUGAGCCAGG